UGCGGUUUGGCAUGUAGUCGACAGCCGACAGACGAAAACAUCAAAAGCACGAGUUGUUGCGGAAUUUCGCAAGUUCUCGGAGUGAAAUUGAAUUUUAUUUAAUUUUAACCAUCAAACAAACAAUAAUUGUUACCUAAAAGUUUCUGUGCUCUCCGUUCUCCGUUGGUACCAUGGAAUCACCAGUGAAAAUCAAGCAAGAACCGGGUCUCAAAUCGAAACGCGGAAGCGCCUCCGGAAUUCCUCCAACAGCAGCAGCAUCUGCAGCCUCUGUUCCGAUCCCAACCACUGCCACGAUAAAAACCGAGCGCCUCACGUCCUUCAGAGUUCCCCGGGAUCUCACCUUGGGAGGCUUGGCUAACGGCCGAAAUGUGAAACCGGCCGCCAAUAAGAAAGUCUACACGCCCAACUUGAAUGCGGUGCGGAACAAAGACACGAACGUUAAAACAGCGUCCACCGGUCCGAAGCAGCGAGUCAAAUCAGAACGCAAAGACAAGGACAAAGCCGGCGGCCGGAACAAGAGCUCACUCAUCCAAACGGCGGGCAUAUUUUCCGAGGGUCUGGCGCAGCGCGUUUUGGCGCAACGGUCCAAGUAUGACAAAUAUAACAGUUCCUCGAAGGAACCGGGAGAAUCAAUCCGGCGGCCGGUGUACCGAACAGAAAUCAAAGUUGACCCGGAGGAAGAGCGGAAACGGAUUUCCGACCUCUUCGGGGACGCAGAAGAGGACGAACUGCCACAGGAAGAUGCCAAAAAGUAUGAAAGCGAUGUGACCAUGCCGGUCAAGUUGGAGAACUUGGACUACAAAUUCACCGCACUAAAGCCCGAGGUCAAAGACGAGAAACCGAAACCCGAAGCGGGAGAGUUGCUCGAGUCUUUCAAAGUAACCGACAAUCAGAACAAUCUCUUCCUGUUGCAACUUCCGGACGCGCUGCCCGGUAAAACCGACACUGAAGUGCGGAAAACGGAUUCCAAUGGUGCCGGGGAGGAGGAAACCAAACCAGAACCCCAGCGUUGCACAGUGCGAGAGCUAGAAGAAGGCUACAUAGGCAAGGUGAUGCGAUAUCGCUCGGGUAAAGUAAAACUAGUGCUCGGCAAUACGGUGUUCGAUCUGUCCAUGGGAAUGGACAGUGGAUUCCUGCAGGAACUGGUAUCGAUCACCACCAAUUCGGAGGAACGGAGCGGAAAUAUCAUAAAUCUUGCGACGAUCAAAUCCAAACUGAACGCCUCGCCUGAUUGGGAAUAUUUGUUUAAAAAGUGAUAUAAUUGGGUAAUAAAUUGUUAAGCAAACUCG